UUUUGUGCCCCAAAUGAAACCCCAAUCGGCCGUGGACGCAGAAACAACAGCUAGUGUCGAAUGGUUUUGUGAAAAUCCAUGGAAAACGAACCGCGAAAACUGUGACAACAAGCAACUGGUGUUAUUGUCAGAGACAAAAAAUAUAUUCCACUCCAAGCUCGCGCCGCGGACAGGAAAACAAGAUGUUUGUGUUUAUGAACUCAGAAAUCGGAAUCUGAAUCGUUGUUAAGCCGCGCCGUUGUAACUGUUACCGCCUUGACCGGCACCGUUCCCCCUCCAGUGCCCCUCCAGCAAACAACCAACCCACUGUCCAACCGUCCAACGCUGACGUCGACGCCUACGCGCGCGACAAGUGAAGCGCACAGGUAUUUGUGUUUGUAUUGUGUGUGUAUUGUAUUCUGUGCCUGUGCCAGGGCCUGUGUGUGAUUUUCCUUUUGUUUGCGGCCCAAUUGUUGGUCUUAAUUGAAUUCUAGUUGCAGUCGCUAAGAGUAUUGCAAAAAACGCAAUAGAAAAAAACCAUAUUGGAAAAAGGUACAAAAACCAAUAGCCACACACACACACGUCGAUAAGAAGAGCAGAGCAGUGGCAGAGAAGCAGAAGCAAGUCAAGAAGCACAUAAAAACCAGUUUUCAAGCAGAAGCAGCAGCGCAGUCGCAGCGGUCCAACUGAGUUUUCAUGGACUGUUAUUGCCUUCUAUAAGGAUCAACUACUCAGACAACAGAUUUUGAGAACUUUUCCAGCGCUUUCGCUUCGUGAAAUCGCAGAAUCAACAAACGAAACGAAUAAAUAAAUUAUUUUGUGACCCAAACCCCGGAACUCGAGAGCUGCGAUAGCUACAAGAGCCAUGAUGCACCCCACCGAAUCGAGGCACAGAGGAUGGCUAGUCCUGGCCGUGGUCCUGGUGGCCAUUACCCUGGUGGACGUGGAGGCCCAAAAUUCACCCAGCUGUGGGCCCAACUUCCCACCCGCCUGCAGCUGCGGGGAGGAGCUGUACGAGAGCGAGAUGCAGUACGUCGUGAACUGCACUAAUGCGGGGCUACGCAACACGAGCGUCCUGGAGUUCAUGCCCGACAAAGUGGAAGUGCUGAUCUUCACCGGCAACCGCAUUGCAGAGCUGCCGUGGAACGUGUUCGGGAGCAUCAACAACUACAAGCAGCUGAAGAUCGUGGACAUGAGCAGCAACCACAUCCGGGAGAUACGCGGCAAGAGCUACCACCACGUGCCACGCGUGGAGCGCCUGAUCCUUAAUCACAACAACCUGAGCAUAUCGCGGUUCGACGACGAGGUCAAUCACCACCAUCCACGCGUCUUCUCGAACUUUGUCAAUCUGCAAAGUCUUCACCUGACGGAUGCCUUCGAGGACAACAGUUCGCCGCAGCUGAGCGAGGACCUGCACGACAUAUUCGUCAACAGCCAGCUGCUGAAGCUGCAGAAGCUCCAUCUCGAACAGAACGAGAUUACGCACUUCAAGGACCGCAACGUCUUCUGCGAUCUGCCCUCCCUCAGGGAUCUGCAUCUGGGCGACAACCAGCUGCGCGACAUAAACUUUGAGGUGCGAUGCCUGAACAACCUGCGGUUCCUGGAUCUCGAACGGAAUCAAUUUGGCUUCGUGAAGCCCAGCGACAUGAGGGUCCUCAACGAGCUGGAGGAUCGCUCCAAUCGCACGGCUAAUCUGAUUGUGGACUUUAAUCUGAAUCCCUUCGUCUGUGACUGCCGCAUUGCGCCCUUCCGCGCGUGGAUCCAGUCCACACGGGUGACAGUGCGCAACAAGGACAGCCUCAUGUGCUUCCACUCGGGCUCGCGGGUGGAUCCGUCGCCCGCCCACAUCCUGCAGCUGGAUAUGGGGGCAUGCCAGGCGGCCAUUGCUGCAGCAGCCACCAUUCUGAAUGCCGCCGAGGAGGAGCAGCGGAGCUAUGGAGCGGAGCAGCCGCCGGCGCACAUCAGCGGCCAUACGGCCACGCUUAUCUUCCUGCUGAUCGUGCUGAGCAUGAUCCUGCUGGGGCUGCUGGUGGCCCUCGUCUACGUGAGUCGCGACAAGUUGAAGUACAUGAUCACGCCGGUGUUCGAUAACGUUGCCAAGAAGGUCCAGUAUACGUCAAUUAAGGAUGAGGACUGCCCGGAAGUGCAUGUCUAGAGAGAGGACACGGACACGACGCCCAUGUCAUCAUCACCAUCAUCAUCCCAAAAGGAGGAGAGACAGAAUCAGAACUCAGUUUCGUUUCGUUUCACUGUUUAUUUUUUGUUUGCCAUUCGCGUUACGCAAAGUGUGCCAUACACAGCGGAAAGGGGAAACAGAAGAUCGAAUAUCAUUUGCAUCCGAGUAUCCCAAAACUUAAGCCUCUUGUUUUUCGUAGUACUUAAGCCAAUUGUUGCAUUUAACAAAUGGAGAUCGAAGGAGGAGGAACGUGCAAAAUGCAAUUGCAAUUACAACUAUAACACACACACACACACACACAUACACAAUUUCUAUAGUUUUAGCGGUUUUCUAACUUAAACUUAAGUCCAAGUCUUGUUAUCCCUAUGAUUUCCACACACUCAAAAAAGCGGGCCUGUAACAACCGAUUUGAAAACCACACUUACAUAUAUAGCAGCCUAUAUAUGCAUACAUACACACAUAUAUCGUAACAAACACUUUAGUGUUAUCUGUGAUUUAAGUUUAGUAGCUUUACUUUGUUAAAACUCUGCAGAACGCAACUUUUGUAAUGGAAAUUCAGCAAAAAAUAUAUAUACAUACAUAUAUGUAUCUUCAAAUGUAAAACGUUUCGCUACUCAAAAAUAUGUUAUUAAUCAUUUGUCAAUUACAAUACUAUAGCUAUAUGAUCAUUUCACACUUGAUUUACCAACAUUAACAAGCAUUUUUUAUAAAUAAAACU